AAGAGCGGCCGGCGCCGCUGCUCCUCUCCCAAUCAGCAUCCUGCGUGCUUCUUUGGAAUUAACCAUUCCCGAAACACUUUUCUGCACUCGGUCUUUCCUCUCGAGAUCCGUCUCUCUGUCCCUUCGCGACUUCGAUUGCCGUCCAUCCCGCUGCCGUCUCCUCUGCUUCGUCAUCGACCACCCUCUGCCCGACCACUGGCCCCCCCCCGAUUCGCCGGCCCUUCCAACCAACCCCUUCUUCCACUUCCCUUCGAUUCUGAUUUGCUGCAAUGGCCGUCAACAACCACUCCUAUUCGACUGAGGAGCUGAUAGACCUGGAGCACACCUACGGCGCCCACAACUACCACCCUCUGCCAGUCGUCCUGAGCCGCGGCGAGGGUGCGCAUGUGUGGGACCCCGAAGGCAACAAAUACCUCGACUUUCUGUCGGCCUAUUCGGCCGUCAACCAAGGCCACUGCCAUCCCAAGAUCCUCCAGGCCUUCACUGACCAGGCUCAGCGCCUGGCCCUGAGCUCGCGCGCCUUCUACAACGACCAAUUCGGUGUCUAUGCCAAAUACGUUACUGAGUACUUUGGGUUUGAAAUGGUUCUGCCCAUGAAUACCGGCGCCGAAGCUGUCGAGACAGCCAUCAAGCUGGCUCGCAAGUGGGGAUACAUGAAGAAAAAGAUUCCCACCGACAAGGCCAUCGUGCUUUCCUGCACUGGCAACUUCCACGGCCGCACCAUCUCGGUCAUCAGCAUGUCCUCUGAUCCCGACUGCACAAGCACCUUCGGCCCGUUCCUGCCCAACGUCGGAUGCGUCUGUCCGGUCAGCAAGAGGGUCCUCAAGUACAACGACCUCGGCGAUCUCGAGGCCGCCCUGAAGGCUCACGGCAGCCAAAUUGCAGCCUUCCUCGUUGAGCCCAUCCAGGGUGAGGCUGGUAUCUUUGUCCCCGACGAUGGAUACCUGAAGCGUGCGUAUGAGCUGUGCAAGCAGUACAAUGUGCUGUUCAUUGCCGAUGAAAUCCAGACUGGCCUUGCUCGCACCGGGCGAUUGCUGGCUGUCGACCACGAGGACGUCAAGCCCGACAUCCUGAUCCUCGGCAAGGCUCUUUCGGGAGGCUUCUACCCCGUCAGCGCCGUCCUGUCGAGCCGAGAGAUCAUGCUGUGCAUCCGGCCUGGCGAGCACGGCAGCACUUACGGUGGCAACCCACUUGGCUGUGCAGUCGCCAUCGCCGCUCUCGAGGUGAUCAAGGAAGAGAAGCUGGCUGAGCGCUCGGACGUCCUGGGUCAGAAGUUCCGCAAGGGUCUGCAGGAUCUCAAGUCGCCCUACAUCUCCACCAUCCGCGGCAAGGGUCUGCUCAACGCCAUCGUCAUCGACGAGUCCAAGCUCAAUGGCAAAACCGCUUGGGAUAUCUGCCUGCUCAUGAAGCACUACGGCCUGCUUGCCAAGCCCACCCAUCAAAACAUCAUCCGGCUGGCUCCACCACUGUGCAUCUCGGAUGAGGAUCUGUCCAAGGGCAUCCACAUCAUCGAGCGCGCCCUGAGCGAGAUCACCACCAUGAGCAAGUCUGAUAUUCCUGGCAUCGAGCACUGAAAGGAGGACACGCCAGCGCGUGCGACUCUCUCCCCUCAUCCACUCUUGCCUGUUGGAUCUGAUCUGUUGCUUGCUUUCCAGCGCCCAUCUUCCAAGGCCCGUACAUCCUCCACUUCUCCCCCCCCCAUCACCGAUCUUGAUUCACCUCUUCCCCAUCAUAUAUAUCAAUCUACAAGACCACAGUUCAAUACAGUUGAUUCAUACA